AAAAUAUUCACAUCUGUCCUUAUUUGUCAUGACAACAGGAAGCUCAAUGGCUGCCAAAUCAUACAAUUUCAUGAGUUUAUAAAAACGAUAACAAAGGACUUGCAGAAGAGGCCAAAAUGGCGGCCGCACAUACUUUACCCCCAAUUCAUGGAGCCAAGAGUGGGGGUAAUACAGGAAUGAUGGGCUCAAUGAAACACAAUCAGCCAGUGCACUUUGCACCUGCACCACCAAAAGGACCACCCAGUGGAAGAUUAAAACCUAUACAGAAAAAGAAAAAGAUUUUUGUUGAACCAGAUCAAGCAUUUUCUCAGCCUAUGCUUACAAAAAGACAGACAACAGCAUAUCGGAAUACUUAUAAACAUAAUCUGUGUGUGGACAUGUUACAAAAUGGUUUUCAUUUGUCAUUCUGUGAACUUUUUGCACUUAUUAAAAGACAAGAGGAUACAAGAGUGCAAGCAGGACCUGAAUCUCUUCUUUGGAGUAUGACUUUACUUGAGGAUCAACAUGAUAAAUUAGAUGUGCUAAAACUUCAUUUAACAAGAGCUGAAACAGCUCAGAGAAAUGGUGAUUUCCUUGAAGUAUACAGAGCUAGGUAUGAACUUGCUCGUUAUUUCCAGUCCUCCAAUGACAAGUGGUUGGCAGAUCAUUUCUUCGAGACAUGUCUAGACACUGCCGCUCUAGUCACAGAUGAUGGUGGAAAAGUACAAGCUGAGGGCUACUGUAAUGUCGCCUUGGCACAGGAAGAAAACACACAUGAAAGAGAACUUGUUAUUGAGCAAAGUAUUGACCCCAAUGGCAGUAGUAUUAUAGGUGAAUUCCACAAUGCAGCAGAGAACUUUGAGGCUUAUUACAGUCUUGCGGCUCAGAAUAAAGAGUGGACUACAGCUGAUGGUAUAUCAUUCCACACAGAUGCAUGUAUACAUCUUGCUCGUAUAUACACUACCAUAGGGGAACGUGUAGAGCAAGAGAGUGUAGAACUUAUGCUCGAAUAUCUAAACAAGGCUUAUAACUCUGCAAAAGAAAGUCACCAGGAGAAAAUGGAGGGUGAGGCUGCAUACAGACUUGGUCUUGCUGCUGACACAGCUGGUGAAAAUGAUACAGCACUUGUUCAUUUGAAUACAUAUUUGAAAAUAUGUCAAUCAACAGAUGAGAAGGAGGGUAUAGGAAAAGCUUGUGAUGCAAUAGCAAAGACAUAUGCCAGACAAGGUAGAGUGGAGGAGAGUAUAGAGUAUUUGAAACAUUUUGUCACUGUGGCCGAGAAGAGCGGACAGGAACAUGCAUACAGCAAGGCUUGUCAUAACCUUGGAAAUAUCUAUAACACAUUAGGUAAAUAUGAUGAAGCAACAAAAUAUUUUGACAAGGCGUACAACUUGUCUCGUUCAAUGGGUGAAGUAGCAUCAAUCAAUGUGAAUAGAGUACAGUUUGGUGUUGCCAUGGCGCACAAGAUGCUACAAGGGAUUGGAAGUCAUAUUGUGAUCAAUAAUCUUCCAGCGUUAGAGAGGCUUAUUGAGUGGAAGAGUUCAAGGAUUGAUGACUUCGACAAGCCAUUCCCAGAACCUAAGGCAGAGAGCCCGAAACCUGAAACUCCGCCCCCUGCUCCGGUACAGAAGGAGGAGACUGAUGUUAGCGCCACCUCUGAACAGCAGGAAGGUGUAGAAAGGGAGGAAACUGAGACAUCUAUGGCUGAUACGGAGACCACUGCACAAGAAUGAAAUUUAAUCACUUAAAUUCUGACACAGCUUUAUAGAACAGGAAAUCUCUUCAUUUCUUAGCAAUUUAAUAAACAUGUAAAAUCUCAAUUGUGUAUAUUUAGCUUGUUUGAAUUACAUAUCUAAAUUUUCAAACUUUUAACAACAAAGAUUUGUUGUAGAAAUUUUCAGAAAUGUGCCUUAUCACUUAUUUCUGAAAGAAGGUUGAGCAUAAAUUGUUAAAUGAGAUAUUAAAACACAUAAUUUACUGUAUUCACAAUAUCAGACUGAAGUAUAGUCUAUUUUUUAUGUAUUGAAAGAUGUAACUUUGUUGAUACACUAGUGAAACUGCUGAAAAUUUAUGUCUUCAAAACUGCUGAAAAUUCAUGUAUUGAGUAAAGUUUAGAAAAAUGGCCUUUGUGGUACUGAUGAAUCAAAACUGCUGAAAAUUUAUACAUUGAGUAAAAUUUAGGGCAAAUGACCCUUCAGUAUGGAAGAAAAAAUACAUUCUUAGCAGAUCACAGGUAUAUAACUGCUCUUAAUUUUGUAACUUAAUGUUUUUUGUAACCAUUUGUUCAUGCCAUAUUUACCCAUAUUCAUUUCAUUGCUUUAAACACUGGAACAUGGUCAGUGGCUAUCAUUUACUCAUAAAAUAUCUCCUCAAAACUUUUUGUUGGAAAAAAUUCAACCAUGUAAGAAAUAUUUAUAAAAUGCCUGCAUAGCAUUCUGAUAUAUAUGUAUUUCCCUUCCUAUACACAAACAUUUCAAUUCUAAUUAUUUUUGUGAUGUAGAAAAUUUUAGCACUAAAUGGCUUAUUUACAUUGCAAAUUAUACAGAAAUUGUGAUUGUUGAACAUGUGAGUGUAAGAUUUGUUUCUUCUAGAAAUAGCUAAUCAAUAUACAAUCAGUUAAGUAUUAUUUUUUCACCUUUUUUGGAAAAAAACCAAAAAAACAAGAAUUGCCAAAUGAAUAAACAUGGACUACAGUAUUUAAAUUUAGCACAUUUUUUUACAUCAUUCUCGAGGUACAAUAUCAGAUAUAUGUAUUUUAUGUGGAUGAAAGUAGAGUUUAUUUAUACAUGUAUAUACUGUUUUUUUUUUCUUCCUCAAAUAUUUUUUAACAUAUAAAUCUAAAUAUUUUACAAUAUAAAUCACAGUGCUGACGUGAGAGUGUACAUGAAAAUUCUGUGAUAUUUCGUUUCUAAAUAACUUUGUUUUUGUUUCUUUCUGUUUAAGAAUUUUGUUAUAAUGUUGUUUUUUUUACAAGGGACGUGGAAGUUUAGGAUGUUUUUUAUGUGUAUUUAUUUGAAAGUUAUUAUACAGUAUAGUGUUUGAAGGUGAAAACCAAUUCUUUUGAGAUAAAAAAGUAUAUUUCUAAACAAUUAAACAAUUGUUUAUGAUAUAAAAGACAAUUAUUGUUGAAUUAUUUUUUUCAGAUUUCAAAAAAAGCAAUAUUUGAGGGGUUUUUUUAUGAAUGGAAUAGAAUAUAAAUCUUGCAUUUGUGUUCUUUAUUCCCAUGUGCAUUAUACAUGUACUAUAUACAUGUAUGUAUAUAGUACAUGUAUAAUAUAUAUGUGUGUAUGCUAAACAUAUGUAUAUUUUGCUGUUACACAUGAUCAAGUUUUAUGAUGAAAUAUUAUUGUGUAUGCAUGCAGUAUAUUGAACACGAUACAUAUGUAUGUUUUGUGUAAUAGUCUGUGUACACAUAGAAACUUCAAAUUGUGAUAUUCUUGUUUUGUUUUGUGUAAUGUUGAUUCAACUGUAUUUUGAUUAUCAGACAGAAAAUUUCCAAUAAAUUUAAUUAUAUGAUAAA